UCCAUUGUACCAGCCCAUCCAAUGGCUCCUCCUAGUCCCAGCACCACCAGCAGUAAUAACAACAGUAGUAGCAGCAGCAACUCAGGAUGGGAUCAGUUAAGUAAAACAAACCUUUACAUCAGAGCACUGCCUCCAAACACCACUGAUCAGGACCUGGUAAAAUUAUGCCAACCGUAUGGGAAAAUUGUAUCCACAAAGGCUAUUUUGGAUAAAACAACAAACAAAUGCAAAGGUUACGGUUUUGUUGACUUUGACAGCCCAGCAGCUGCUCAGAAGGCAGUUUCUGCUUUAAAGGCUAGUGGAGUCCAAGCACAAAUGGCAAAGCAACAAGAACAAGAUCCGACUAACUUGUACAUUUCCAAUUUGCCACUUUCGAUGGACGAACAGGAGCUUGAGAACAUGCUGAAACCGUUUGGGCAGGUUAUCUCUACGAGGAUACUGCGGGACUCAAGUGGGACAAGCCGUGGUGUUGGCUUUGCAAGGAUGGAGUCAACAGAAAAAUGUGAAGCAGUGAUUGCUCAUUUUAAUGGAAAAUUCAUAAAGACACCAGCAGGAGUUUCUG